AUGUCAGACAAAGACCAGACUACGAAGCUCAUCCAAGAGCUCAGCGGCCUUGGCCCGAAGCUCCAGCAUGACCAAGGUGCUAGAGGCGAGGCUCUUCGGCUGACAAGGCAGCUCGCAGCACACCUCGAGGACCCGGCAAGUGUGGCUGUCAACCUUGCAUUUGCGCCAUUCAUUACUAUUUCGGCAAGGAUAGCUGUCAAUCUUGGCAUCUUUGAGUUGCUUGCUCGAAGCGAUGGCCCAAUGACUUCGAAAGAGCUGGCCUCGAAGUCUACCGGAGAGGAGCUAUUGAUCAUCCGGAUUCUUCGGCCUCUCUCAGCAGUUGGUGUUGUUAAUGAAGUUGGCGAGCGAAGAUGGGAGGCGACGCCAGUAACCCACGCAAUGGCAACCAAGGAAAUUGCCGCUGGUCAUAGGAUGAUCGGAGAAAUGAUUGUGGGAGCAGCCCAAAAAGCACCCAAGUACUUGAAGGAGUACGGGUAUCGCUGUCCGAUUGAUCCACGAGACGGUUUGAUGCAGUAUGCUCACCAGACAAAAUUGAACACGUUCGACUUUUUUUGCUCCAUGCCUGAUGUCUUCAACGACUUCAAUCUCUUCAUGGGUAAUACAAUGGGGGCACGAAACUACUGGGUCGACUGGUUUCCGGUAGAAGAGCAGCUCCUGCAGGAUCUGGACAAAGAAUCCGCCCUACUCGUUGAUGUAGGUGGAGGCAAGGGUCACGAUUUGAUUGCGUUUCAGGAAAAGUACCCAGCCAGGGGCCGUGUUGUUCUUCAAGAGAUUCCCUCAGUGGUCGAGAGUCUCACGGAUCUUGACCGUGGUAUCGAAACAAUGGCAUAUGAUUUCUUUACUGAACAACCGAUCAAAGGGGCGAGAGCAUAUUUCUUCCAUCACAUUUUGCAUGAUUGGUCUGACAAGUAUUGCUUAGACAUUCUCAAAUGCUUGAAGAUGGGAAUGAAGCCCGGAUACUCCAAGCUCCUCAUUCAUGAGAUGCUAAUCCCGGAAGAAAAAGCUUCCACCUUUCACUCCAUGCUUGACAUGACGAUGAUGGCAUUUAGCUCUGGUAUGGAACGAACGGAGAGGCAGUGGCGCGAGCUGCUCAACGCUGCUGGAUUCCAAGUUGUCAAGGUCUGGCUACCGCUCCAAGAGGACGCAGAUGCUAUUGUGGAAGCGGUUCUGAAAGAUGAUUGA